AUGCGACUCUUGCAACUCAAAGCGGAUGGCAGCCUCAGACUUGAAGACCACCCCCACGAGGACGCCCCGCCAUAUGCUAUCCUCUCGCACACCUGGGGACCCGAUGACCAGGAGAUCACCUUUCAAGACGUUCAACAUCAUACAGGCCACCACAAAGACGGAUAUCAAAAGCUCACGUUCUGUGGCCAACAGGCUGCGCUGGAUGGCCUGAAGCAUUUCUGGACCGACACUUGCUGUAUAGACAAGUCUAACAGCCAGGAGCUUCAAGAAGCGAUCAAUUCCAUGUUUUGCUGGUAUAGAGAUGCCAACCAUUGCUACGUCUUCCUCACCGAUGUACACAAAAGUAGCAGCGACAAUGACGACCACAGACUGUCACAAGGACAAUGGAAAACAGCGUUCAGAAGCAGCCGGUGGCUGACCCGCGGUUGGACGCUUCAGGAGCUGAUCGCCCCAAGAUCAGUCAAGUUCUUCUCGGCAGAGGGGAAAGCAUUGGGCGACAAGAAUACGCUAGAGGCACUGCUCCACGAAUGCACAGGGGUCCCCAUCGACGCCCUUCGAGGGAGACCUCCAGCUGAUUUCAGCAUCAACGAGCGGCUCUCUUGGCUGGGGAAUCGCAAGACGAAGCGCCCCGAAGAUCUCGCGUAUUGCAUGUUCGGCAUCUUCGACGUCCAUAUGCCACUCAUCUACAGCGAGGGGCAGGAGAAGGCCUUCCUCAGACUGAGACGAGAGAUUGAACCCACACCGCGACGCGUCGAACCCUUCUCGACCGUCCCGUUCCUCCCCGAUGCCGACUUCGUCGAGCGUCCAGAUGUUACCGCGUGGCUGGAUACAACCCUCGCGCAGCCAGGCGGCCGUGCCGCACUUGUCGGCCUGGGAGGUAUCGGCAAGUCUCAGGUAGCGAUCGAGUACGCGCACCAAACCCGACAACGAUCGCCGAGUACGUACGUGCUCUGGGUGUACGCCGACACCGAAGCGCGGUUUGAGGAGGCGUAUCGCGGCAUUGCAGACCGACUGCAGCUGCCACGGCGCCAUGAUCCCAAGGUCGAUGUGCUGCAGCUGGUGUAUGACUGGUUGUUCAACGCGGAGAAUGGGCAGUGGCUAAUGAUACUGGACAAUGCGGAUGAUGUCGAAGUGUUCUUUCCAAGACGCCCUGACCGGGCUGGGACGAGUGUGUCGAAGCAACGGCCAUUAGGAUCGCUCCUGCCUCAGAGCACAAACGGCAGGAUCCUCAUCACGUCGCGGAGCAGGGAGGCAGCCCAAAGAAUGACGGGCAGCAAGUGGAAGACCUUCCCGAUGCAAGUGAUGGACGAGAACCAAGCAACGCAAUUACUUCAGAAGAAGCUCCGGGAUGAGUACGAAGAAAAGGCGGCCGCUCUGCUGUCUGGUGCACUCGAGUAUGUACCUCUCGCAAUCACGCAGGCUGCCGCUUAUAUUGUCCGACGAUCGCCACGAAUCUCGUGCUCGUCAUACCUAGAACAGUUUCGAAAGAGCGAGAAAAAGAAGGAAAGCCUGCUGGAUCGAGAUCUAGGUGAUCUCCGGCGUGACGGGAUGGCGGCGAACUCGGUCGUAGUGACGUGGCAGAUCACGUUCGAACAGAUCCAGAAGGAGCGGCGGUCGGCCGCAGACUUGCUCUCUCUCAUGAGCCACUUCGACCCGCAGGAGAUACCGGAAUGGGUACUGCGAAGCUACUAUCAGCGGAGAUGCAGGAGUGGGAAACAUCACGACAAUGGAAAGGAAACCGACGAGGACGGCGAAGAUUACCACGGCGAGGACGGUCUGGACGAUGACCUUGAAACGCUCCGAGAUUACUCGUUAGUAGCCGUGACCGUGCAACAAGGCAUCUACGAGAUGCAUGCACUCGUACAGUUUUGUGCUCGAGCCUGGCUCUCAUCAGUGGGUGAUAUAGCAAGAUGGAAGCAGAUAUUUCUGCACAUCAUGUCAGAGAAUUACCCGCCGGGGAGUUAUGAGAACUGGUCAAAGUGUCAGCAACUUGAGCCUCACAUUGCGCAGCUUGUAGAAACGCAGCCCGCAGAUGCUAAGGGUGCAACAGAAUGGGCGCGGUUAUUAACGAACGCAGGAUUGUAUGGGUGGCAAGUGGGAGUGUACGACAGGGCCGAGGCAUUGCUUUGGAAGGCAGUGGAGGUUCGAGAGGCAGUUCUUGGCGCAGAGAAUAGCAACACACUUACAAGCGUCAGCAAUCUUGCUCUUGUGCUGCGGUACCAGGGAAAGUACGAAGAGGCGGAGGUGAUGAACCGACGGGCGCUCGAUGGGAGUGAGAAGGCGCUGGGCAAGCACCAUCCGAACACACUCACGAGCAUCGACAAUCUUGCUCUUGUGCUGCUGUCCCAGGGAAAGUACGAAGAGGCGG